AUGAAAGUUAUUAGAGGAAAGAAAAAUAAUAAAAAAACUAGACAAAAUAAGAAAAAGUUUAAUGGAAUCAAGAAAGUUACAAAAAAUAGUAGAAAUACAGUAAAAAGCAAAAUAACAAAACAAGACAAAUUAAAAAAUAAGAAAAUUAGUAAAGUUAAAAAAUUAAAAAAUGUUUCAAAAAAUUAUAAAUCAAUGAAAACACAAAAAGAAAUGAAAAAAAAAGAAAAUAAUGAUUCAUUGAAAAGUAAAAGUAAGAUAAAAAAGUAUGAUUCAGUUAACAAAAAAAAAUCACAAAAGGGAAAUAAAAGAUAUAGUUGGUUAUUUGAAAAUAAGAAAAAAGAAUCUGUUAGUGAUAGCAACAGUGAGAAUGAAAAAGAUACAGGAGAUAAAAUAAAAAAAAAAAAAAAAUUUGUUUUAUAUAAAAAAAGAAAAAACAAUAAUAAAAAUAAAGUUGUUUUAAGUUGCUUUCAAAUUUUGGGGUUAAGCGAAAAAAUGUGUAAAAGUAUAUCAACUAAUUUAAAGUAUAAUAAACCAACAGAUAUUCAAAAAUUAUGUAUACCCAAAAUUUUCAGUAGAAAAGAUGUUAUAUGCGUUAGUAAAACAGGUUCAGGAAAGUCACUUGUAUAUUUAAGUACUUUAAUAGAUAUAUUAAAAGAGCAUAGUAAAUAUUUUGGGAUAAGAGGAUUAAUAAUUUUGCCUACGAAAGAAUUAGUUAUACAGAUAUAUAAAUUAGCAAAAAAAAUUUGUUGUAACUUUUUUAAUCUGAAUAUAAAUAUAAUAAUAGGUGGGGUUAGUUUAGUACGACAAUUUGAUAUUUUAAAAGAAAAUUUGGAUAUUUUAAUUUGCACGCCGGGAAGAUUGAGUUUUAUUAUUGAAGAAACGAAAUUAAGUUUAGAAAAAGUAGAAAUACUAGUAAUUGAUGAAGCUGAUAGAUUAUUAGAGCUGAAUUAUUAUAAUGAUAUGAAUCUUAUAUAUAAAAAUUUAACUAAUAGUUCUAAGCAAACCAUAUUAAUUAGUGCAACCUUGCCAACAAAUGUAGAAGAUUAUUUUAAAUUGAAAUUAAAUAAUCCUGAUAUUGCUUAUGUAAAUUCAGAUAAUAUGAUAAGUGAUCGGUUAACUUUACAUUUUUUAUUUUGUAGAUCUUAUGAAAAAUAUGCUUUACUUCUUAAAAUAAUUUUGAUAUUUAAAAAUAAAAAUUUGGGAAAAACUAUGAUAUUUUUCUGCACAAAAUAUCACAUAUUAUUUUUUAGUAAAAUUUUAAAUUAUUUGAAAGUACCCCAUUCUGUGUUAUAUGGUAAUGCUGAUACUUCUUUUAGAUUUCAACAAAUAAAUAAUUUUACAAAUGACCAGAAAAUUCAAUUUUUAUUAGUAACUGAUUUAGCUUCAAGAGGAAUUAAUAUAGCGUCAGUUAAAAAUGUAAUCAAUUAUAAUUUACCAUUUUCUUCUAAACUUUUUAUACAUAGAAUUGGAAGAGCCUGUAGAAAUAAUUUUAAAGGAUAUGCUAUAUCUAUUGUAACAUAUCAAGAUAUUUUAUAUGCAUAUGAAAUAUGUUUUUUUAUUGGAAAAAAAUUAAAAUUUUUUAAAAAGGAUGAAAGUGAUGAAAAAGAAGAAAUUGAAAACAGUCAAGUAAAUUUGAAUAAUGAAAAAGGAAAAAUUGAAAAUAAUCAAGAAAAUUUAAAUAAUGAAAAUGAAAGAAACGAAGAAAAUAAUUAUAAUAAAAUAGAUGAAAUUAAGGCAAGGAAUGAUGACGAUAUAUAUGAAAGUAAGAUAAAGAAUGGUAACGAAAUAGAUGAAGGUGAAAUCAAAAAAAAGGAUGAUAAGAACACUAGUGAUAUUAUAUAUUUAGGGACAUUAGAUAAUAUUAGUGAUUACGUAGAAUUUAUUGAAAAUUUAAAAAAAUUCGAUAGCGAAUUAAUUUCACUAAAUAAAAGUAUUUUAGCUUCCUAUAAAAUUUAUUUUUCAAUGCGCCCAAAAGUUUCGAAAUAUGCCAGUACAAAAUGUAUUAAUAAAAUAAAAAAAAUGGGAGGAUUGUAUAAAUUAUGUCUAUUAUAUCAUCCAGAUACAAUUUACAAAGAUUCUUACAAGAAUGAGUUUCAUAAUGAAAAUGAAAAUAAUAAAAGUUUGAGUGUUACAAAAGAGGUAGAUGAUAUUUUCAAUAACUUAAUAAGUUCUCUAAAAAAAAAUGGAAAAAAGGAAGAAGAAAAUGUUAAAUAUUACGAAAAAAAGAAUUUUAUAACAGAAGAAAAUAAUCAAGAACAACAUAGUACAUAUAAUGAAAUUUUACCAGGAAAAGAUGAAUUAAAAAAAAAAAAGGAGCUUUUCAUAGAAAAUAAUGAAAUUAUUAAUAAAUUUGACAAAAAUGAGAAAAAUAAGUCACAUAAUGAAGUAUUUUCAUUCUUACAUAAUUUUCAAAAUAAUGAUAAUAAUAAAAUAAAAAGUAUAUCAGAGGAAGUAAAAGAGAAAUUAAAUAAGCUAAAAGAAAAGAGUGAAAAGUAUAAAUAUAAUAAAAAUAAUUACUUGUCAAAUGAUAUAAAUGAAAUAACGUACUCAUUUGCUUUAGGGUUAUCUGAAGAAGAAAAUGAUAUUGAAAAUUACGAAAAAUGUAAUGAAAGCUUUUUACUAAAUAGUAAAAAUGAAAUAAAAAAUGAAGAAAAAAAAAAAAAAUUAAGUAAAAGAGCAUUAAAAAAGAUACCAAAAGAAAAAAAUGGAAUAAAUAAUAUAGAAAUGCCUAAGAAAAAACAAGAAUUUUCUUUUGAUGAUAUUUUAAAAAGAAUAAAUGAAAAAAAAAUAAAAAAGGAUACUAGUGCUUUUAAUUUGCAAACACCUGGUUAUGAUUUACCACCGGAUGAAGAAGAAGAAAUGAAUAAACAAAGAUUUAUAAAAAAAAAUAUUUGGGAUAAGAAAAAAAAGAAAUUUAUUUUGACAGAAAUAGAUACUUUUCAAAAUAAAGUAAUAACAAGCAAAGAUGAUGGAAAAAAAAAUUCAAAAAAUGAUAUGAAGACUACAAAUAUUUAUCAAAAAUGGGUAAAAGCAACAAAAAAUAGAAUUAAAAAAAUUGGAGAAUUAGAAGAUGAUAACGAUAAGAGAUAUAAUAAAAAAAAACAUAUAAACAAUAUAAAUAGAAAUGAAAUUCAAAAUAUUGAAAUAAAUGAUAAAGAAAAUAACUUAAAUAUGUUAAAAUUAAUGCAUCCAGAGAUAACUGAAGCAUUAUCAAAAAAUAUAAAAUUAACGAAAAAGCAACAAAGAUUGUAUAAAAAAUAUAUAACAGGAAAAUAUACAAGUUCUAAAGAAAAAAAUGAAAAGAGUCCCCAUUUAAUUGCCAAAGAGAAAAAAAAAAUGUUACAGAAAAAAUUAAAAACAGACAAAAAAUUUAGAAACAAAUACUUAAAAAUUAAAAAGAAAAAGCAUGAACAAAAGUUACAACAAAAACAAAAUUUAAAAAGUGCGAGAUCCAGAUCACUAAUUAUUAUAAAAAAAAAAAAAAUAAAUAAAUAA